AUGUUGAGACUUCUGGUUGUUUUGACGGUUAUAUUCGCGUUCGCUGAAUCCGGCGGUGACAGUGUCGGUGACAGAAUGUUAGGGAAUGAAAUGAACGUUAAUAAUCCACCUAAGGCAACCUUCCAAUCAGCAAUAGUGGACAGUGGAGUAGCAGACGUGACAUCGCCUCCUGAUUCAGCCCUUCAGUCGGAUUUGCCAAGUCAAUUGAAUGAUCGAAAGAUCAAAGUCAGAAAAAUAAUAAAGAAGAGAGUACUGUGA